AUGGCAACUACUGAAGCACAAGCAUCAAAGACAACAGCUAAUAAUGCAGAAAGUGCAUCAUCAAAAAUAAUCAAAAUUCAGUCUAAUGAUGGACAAGUAUUUGAAAUUGAUCAAGGUGUAGUCGAACAGUCAUCCACUAUUAAAACAUUAUCUGACUUAAUGGAUGUUGGAGAUGUCCCGAUCCCAUUACCUAAUGUCAAAGCAUCAAUUCUUGGUCCGAUUGUUGAUUUUUGUAAUCAUCAUAAAAAUGAUCCAAAACCUGAACCACUUGAUGACGAUGAUGAUGACGAUCCAAAUAAAGAUAUUUAUGAACCUAAACGUUCGGAUGAUAUUUGUGAAUGGGAUCAAAAUUUUAUCAAACAAUUUACUGUUCAAGAAGGUACACUCUUUGAUAUUAUUAUGGCAGCUAAUUAUUUGGGUAUAAAAACAUUACUUGCUGUUGGUUGUAAAACAAUUGCCAAUAUGGUUCGUGGUAAAUCAUCGUCGGAAGUACGAGAAAUGUUUAAUAUUUCAUAUGAUCCACCCGGUGAAGGUUUAAAUGCUCCAAAUGCUAUUGAAGGUCAAGCAGGGACAGUUCCAACAACACAAGACGCAAAUGCAACUGGUCCAUCACCACAACCAGAUCCAAUGAACCAAUAA